AUCGUUCAUUCCACCACCACCACAUUCAUUCCUCACUUUCUUUAUCAUUUUCCUUUGCUCUUUCUUCACCGUCAUCGUUUUCUUCCAAAAAGUGAUAUCCAGGUGGAAUGGCGAAGAGCUCAUUCAAGCAAGAGCAUGAUCUUGAGAAAAGGCGUGCUGAGGCUGCUAGGAUUAGGGAGAAAUACCCAGAUCGAAUUCCGGUGAUUGUGGAGAAGGCGGAAAGGAGUGAUAUCCCAAACAUUGACAAGAAAAAGUAUCUUGUCCCGGCGGAUUUGACUGUUGGACAGUUUGUUUAUGUUAUACGAAAAAGAAUCAAACUGAGUGCAGAGAAGGCAAUCUUCAUAUUUGUUGACAACGUUCUACCGCCUACAGGUGCUAUAAUGUCUUCUAUAUAUGAUGACAAGAAGGAUGAAGAUGGCUUCCUUUACGUAACCUACAGCGGAGAAAACACAUUUGGUUAUCCAAUUGCUUCGAUUACUUCCGAGUAGUUGGUGCAAAAUUAUAGUGUGCUGAUAAUAAAUACUCAGUUUGCUAUAACAUUCUAAUAAAAGAUAAUUUCUAAUUAUUAAUAUUCUGUAUAGCUUCUAUUUUGUGUAUAGUUUCUGAAUCUUGGAGACACUUAAGAUUUCAGCGUUUCCUAUUAUGUGAAUACAUUAUCCAAUUUCUUCUUCUUCUUCUCUACUGUUGGAUCAGUAUCACGAUUAAGCGGUGAUGAAGAAGAUUUGGUUGAUUCGUUUAUCCUUUUCGAUUUAAUGUUGGUUCUUUGAUGAAAAUCAUGCUUAUUAUAA